GAUCCUUUCUUGUCAGAACCAUGGUGAGAUGCACAGGAGAGAUCUAACGUAUAGCUCAGCCACUCAUUAGGACGGAGACACAUUUAACAGCUAGGACGUUCUGCUGUCAACAUCUUCGAAACAAAUGUUAGCCUUCGGAUAGUACCGCUUGCUGGGCCGUCUAGCGUUCCAGGGCUGGGUUUCAGCUUACUUUCUGGUGUUCUGCGGUGGAAAUAAGCAAAAAUGUCGUCUCCAAGUCCGGGUAAAAGGCGAAUGGAUACCGAUGUGGUGAAACUCAUUGAGAGCAAACAUGAAGUCACCAUCCUCAGUGGACUUAAUGAAUUUGUAGUGAAGUUUUAUGGACCACAAGGAACACCGUAUGAAGGGGGUGUGUGGAAAGUGAGAGUAGAUCUUCCUGAUAAAUACCCGUUCAAAUCGCCGUCGAUAGGAUUCAUGAACAAGAUUUUUCAUCCCAACAUUGACGAAGCGUCAGGGACUGUGUGCUUAGAUGUCAUCAACCAGACAUGGACAGCUCUUUAUGAUCUGACCAACAUCUUUGAGUCGUUUCUACCCCAGCUGCUGGCUUACCCAAACCCCAUCGAUCCUUUGAAUGGAGAUGCAGCUGCCAUGUACCUUCACCGGCCAGAGGAGUACAAGCAGAAAAUCAAAGAGUACAUCCAGAAAUAUGCAACAGAGGAGGCUCUGAAGGAGCAGGAAGAGGGUGCCGGAGACUCUUCAUCCGAAAGCUCCAUGUCUGAUUUCUCAGAAGAUGAAGCCCAAGACAUGGAGUUGUAGUAAUAGGAGGGCUCCCCCGUCCCACCAACCCCCUCCUUUAACCCCUCACAGAGACUAUAUUUGAUUUCCUAACUAUGAAAAGAAAGCAGACUUAUAAUAUUCAUAUUUAAACAAGUUGAUUUUUUUUAUUUUUAUUAUUACUACUAAAACAAGGAUUUUUAUGGAUAUAUAUAGCCUUUGGUGUGUUUGGCAGACACCCUUUCCUCUCUAGUUGUUAAUGUCUCACACAGUUGUCAUAGCGAUUGCAUCCAUAUCCUCUCGCUGUCAUCUCUGCAUCUGUUUGAUGUUGUUCAUUUCCCAAAAUGUUUAAUUUCCAGAUUUCCUUCUAUGAUUUACAGCACUCCGGUGUUUGAAUUUGGAUAGUUGCAAACCCACGUAUUCUUCAAACUCAAACCUGGUGAGCUUUGCUUGCCUGUUUUAAAAUCUUUCAGAAUGCUCCCUCUCUGCUGUGCUUGUGUCACUGCUUAGAGGCUCCUGGUUCUGGCUGGCUGUUUCCACGUUUGCAUUGUGGAUUCUUGUGAAUUACAUAGGAGAAACCAGAGUUUUGUCCUGUUUUUUGCUCGUCUCUUGUGUUGCUGUUGGAAAAUAAGACAAAGUAAUUUUCUUAAGUUCUAUUUUAAGGCGCAUCAUCGCGUACCAGACGAUGUAGCACAGCUAAAACAAAUGCACACUCAUAAAUCCACCCAGAAUACCAACUAUACAUAUCUUUAUUACUAUAUUUUCAGAGACAUGUCAGGAAUAAUUAGGACUUAUCUGGUUUAGGUGCUACUUUGGAUGUUACGUUACUUUUCUUACUCUUUGCUGAGCCACUGGAUCAUCCUGCCAAGAGUGAAAACAACAAACAGAUUUUGGGAAAAUAAACGAACACACAUCUCGGGACAGAAUCGGUGAUAAUGUGAUGGUUACUCUGGGAUAUUUUGGAGUACAUUUAGUGCACACAGGCAGUGAAAACAUCUGUUCAUGUUCGUAUGCUAUUGAGGAAACUUUAGUAAACAGGAGCUAUUCUUUAGUCGCCGCGUUGUAUCAGUUUUAUAGUCUGUUAAAAGAUUUUAUGUUUUGAAAAAGUCGAUUAAUUCAGAGGAAACCUACAUUUUGCUGGUUCACCUUAUUAAAAAAUAAAUAGCAUUCAUUUUAAACUCCAUGCAAAGCAGCCAGGGUGCUUUCAUGGUUGUCAGGUCGUGGAAGGAAGUGAAAGAGGAGUGAUUUUUGUCUCUACAUGCAGGUUAGCUCCGUAUCGGUCCUCCUCACAUUCCACUGCUGCUAGGAAUUUGCUCCAGUGCAUGCCCUGUAUAUAGGUCCGACCUGUGGUAUGCAACGUGACUUCCUCCACUGUCUACUUUUGCCAAAACCGGUUUAGAUCACCAGGUUGAGAAUUAGGAAAAAAAUAGUGAGGAGUUCAUUUCUUCUUUAUCAUCAAAGUGGAAAGAAAACUGAAGAUUUAUUUUUGUCCCAAACUUUUAUUGUAUUCUUUAAAUUUUCCCUGAUGGGGGGGUCGAGGCAUUUUGUGUGUGUGCGUGUGUGUGUAACGUUCGGUGACAAGACACCUGUAGCCUCAUGCGAAUUUCAGUGUUCAGGCCACAAUACUGACCUUUUUAACUCUCUUUGGGGCAGAAAUUGCAAUGAAACUACCUAGAAACCCUUGAAAUGUAUCAACACGACGGAGUUCAGUAAGACUCACUUAGUGGCAGAUUGUGAACCCAAAUGGAAGAUGCACCUGAUCACCUCUGAUCUCAUCUUGCUCUUCUGUGCCUCAUCAGAAAAGGGUCAGUGAGGAAUUCUCAAAACAAGAAGCCAUGGAGGUUUACAAACAGCGCAUUGUUUUAGAUCACAUCUUAAUUUAACUGAUUCUUUCUGUGCAAUUUGACUGUUAUUUGACAUCAGUUUAAAACAAACUGCCCAGGGCUGACUGGAAGUUUUCUUUCGAGCUCAUGGAGGAUCGUUAGACUUUUGUGGCUCAGAUUCAAAGCAUAUUUUGCUUGUUUUUGCAUAGUGAUGAGCAGUUUUACCCAAAAGGCUGGAAGCCAUGCAGCAUUUUGUCGAGCUGCAGUGUUUCUUGAUAGUUCAUUCUGGGCUCCAUUUAUGGCCGAUAUUGCAGUUAGUUCUCUAGAUCAGCCUUGCUGAAGGAUUCAGAGCUCAUCUGAUUUUAGCCUUUUGUGUGAUGCGCCGUAGACACGCCCACUUGUUCUCUUCCAAGAGUUGUGCAGUUUGCGUGCAAGUGAUUUCAAAAAUAGGAGGAUGUUUGGGUUGUAGUGAAGAUCGAUCUUGUACAGAUACCAGAGGUUGUGGCUCAGUCCUUUCCAUCAUCAGAUAGAUUUCCUUUAGUCGUCGACACUUUUGAAUGCAGACUGCCCUUUUGUUCCAAAUCAUCUGAUAACUGGUGUUUUAAAAGAUCAUACGUCUUAAAGAGAAGAGUAAACGCUCCUUUUUAAGGUAUUCUAGGACAGACAAAUAAAGGAUUCCACCUUUUUUCCUCUGAGCUGCCUGUAAAUGUUUAAGUGAUACAGAAAAAACAAAAAGUUUUGUUUUCCAUUUUAGUUUUAAAGCACCUCUUUUGUAGCCCGUAGCUCACUAAAUUCCCACUCAGGAGAACAUUUUGCUCAGACACCUUGUUUUAAUUACAAUGUGUUUACUAUUGUACUAAAGUGCUGAAAAUGUGGUUUAUCUGAGUUGGAAUGGGAUGUGAAAAUCUCAGAUUUACCCAAAUUUAUUUGUAAAAGGUUUUUAUUUUGGUGCAAAUUCAUACUUUUUGGUUUGUUUUCAACAUUUUUGCAUCUGGUGAGAAAUAAAUUAAUGAUAAACCCCACAAUGGCCUGACGUUGCUCUUAGUGGUGCUUUUUUAUUACUUUAGGACCCAUUCCUGUUUACUAUUAGAUUAUUUGCUCAACAAUAGAAGAAAACAACCAAUAACAUAAUUAUGCAUUGUUAAUACUUGAAUUCUAAUGAAAAGAUGUUAAUUUUCUGCUCUUUUUGGUUUUCACCAUGUCGGUUCUAUGUUGAGAUCAAAGACGACAUUUUAAAAGCUGAGUUUUAGAGCUUGGAUGCAGAUUUGGUUCAAUAAACAACAAACUCAGAUCACACAACAUUUUUGGGAUGUUGAGACGAAAGUCUGGUCUGUGAUAAAUACACAGAGGAGAUGAUUACUAAUCAUCACCUCUAAAGAUCAAAUAAGAAAAAAUCAUGACAUUUAUGUGUUAACUGCGUCUCAUUAAUCAGUUGCAUGCUUCAGGUGUGGAGUCGGACCUCACGCCUCCCAUUCAGUCUGGUUCUUGUGUGAAACGGUCACUUAUCACAGCCAUCCUCGGCACAUUAAGCAAGCACACUCGGCACGAAUCUUGGCAGUUUUUCCUAUUGUGUGAUACUUGAGGGUUUUAAAAAGUCAAAAACUUUGUUGGAAAAAAGUCCAAUAUUGAUCUUAUUUCAUUUUAUUCUCUUACUUGCCCUUCUGAAUUUUAUUUCAUUUUGUUUUUCAUCGUGAAGUGGGCAUGCUUGUCAAAAAGACAAAUGCUCUCUGUUAAUAGGCUUAUAAUCUCAUAAAUAGUUGUGUAUAAAAUAAACUGUUAUAACUUCUUUUUUAAUAAAACAUUCAACGUGUA